AGUGCUGUCGUAAAUUCGUAUUUAAUUAAAUUUUUCUCCAAAUCAGUUAACAAUUUCAGAAGUUUUCGGUUAAAAAGUGCAACAACAAUUUCAACUUCACAUGCUGCAUUCGAAAAGUGUUUGUUUAACGCUGGUUUUCACGUGUUUUCAUUCGAUUUUUUGCACUCUUAAGAGUUCUUUCUGUUCAGUGAAUUAUUAUUUUUCUUUUUGGUCUUUUUCAUAUUGACCAGGCAGGAACGCUCGCUGCUUCUAAUGCCAAAAGUGUAAAUUUAUUCAGGGGUUUGUGUACGUGUGUGCUGUUGAAAAAUAUUGUAUUUUGUUUACAUUUUUUUCAUCAUAUUGCUGACCUGAAAUGAAAAUGAAUAAAUCGUUUACAAAAACCUAAAAAAAAGUCCAAAAAUAAGCGCGUGCCAAUAAAUAAAAGAAACCUAAAUUGUUAAAAAUGUUGUAUGGCAAAACAAGAAAAUAAGUGUUUGUUUAUAUGGUUUGGCAAAAAAAGCAAUGAUUGGCUGAUUGAUUUUGCAAUGAGAAAAUAAAUAAAUCAAAAUAUUCAUUCUAAUUGAAAGAAAAUUAAUAAAAUAAAUUAAUUUCCAAUCAGAUUUACUUAUUAGUGGUUGUUCUGAUUACUGAAGGGCCAAGGUGUUUGUGAAAAAGUUUCAAAAACAAUUUAAUGUCGCUGUUGUCGUCUACAAUUUCGAUUGAUUGACAAAGUUUGAACAGUAGCAACGUGGUGGCGAACAACAAAAAGACUAGAACAAGUACAGCAACAGCAACAACUAGAACAACAAAUGCUAAUACAACGAUAACAACAACAAAGCAGUAAAAUUUGUAUUAAUGCAGCAACAACAACAACAGCAGCAGCAACAGCUAACAAAUCAAACUGUAUCACAAUCAUCAUUGCAAUUUCAAUUGCAAACUCAGCCGACCCAUCAUCAGCAACAUUUAGGCAACAAUAUAAUUGUUGUGCGUGGUUCACGCAAUGAACAUGGCGAAAUUGUCAUACAAAAUAAACAGGACAUCUUUACAUUUCUCAGUGAACAUCAUCAACAGCAGCAGCAGUUGCAGCAACAACAGCAGCAGCAGCAAUUACAGCAACAAAAUGAAAAAGCCACCGUGGCCACAUUAACACAAUUGCCAUCAACCACAACUGUUGCACGCAAAACUAGCAUAUCCUUGAUUGCUAACAAUGUUGGCAUUGGCAGUAGUGGACUGGCCAAUACCACCUCAUCGUCAUCGUCGUCCUUAUCAUCAUCAGCAGCAGCAGCAACAAAUACAGCCACUAUAAUCCCUAAGGAAACGAAUACAAUUCUAUUACAAACUCCCAUAAAUGCUAGUCAAUUGGAAACCGUACUGUUGCAGUCGGGACAAUUAAAAAAAUCAAAUUCCACUGUUACAUCUGGAACGGAAAGACCAUUCCUAUUUAAAAAUGCAUCACGCAGUUUAAGCACCGAUAGCAAUCGUUUUGGUACGGUUACGGCGGCAGCAACUGGCGAUGAUAAAGGACCAUUUGUGUUGCAAACAUUAAAGCGUUUAGAAAAAUCCCAGUCUAUCCUAGUCAUACGCAAUUCAUCUUCAUCAGCAACAGCAACAACAUCAGGUGCCAAUUCUACCUCAUCUUUAUCGAAUUCCUCAUCAUCUUUGGCCACAUCCCUAACGGUCGAACAUAAACUAAGCUUAUCUUCAUCAUCUUUGUCCUCCAUUCAACAACAACAACAGCAGCAACAACAACGGCAACAGCAGGCUCUUGCAACGACAGCUGGUGUCAACACGACUAAAGGUGGUAGCACUAUAACGUUUACUCGCACCAAAAAGUCUCAAAAAUCAAAUGCAUCGAACAACAAUGUUGUUACAACUACCACAACCAAAUUGGGUGAUAUUUUAGCUUCAGCAACUGGCCAACGUCAUUUGUCUACAACAACAGCCAGCAAUAACAAUAGUAAAUUAACAAAUGCCACAACAACAACGACAUAUUUACGUUUGACAAAUGGCAAUGGCAACAACAACAACAACAUUAGUAACAGCAACAAUGGUAAUAAUGUUGCCAAUAAUGUUCAUAAAAAUCAUAAUUCUUCACGUGUAAAUCUCAAUGGUAAUAAUUCAGAAACAAUACCAACAAACACAACAACAUCCGUAGCAGCAGGAGCUGGAGUGGCCACAACAUCAACAACAACUACAUCACAUCUAACUCUGGCUGAUGUCCAGCUGAAACAUGAAAGAAACUCGCCAUCAAAUGCAACAGCAGCAACAACACCAGGCUUGCUCAAAACUCAAGGGAGCGAUGGAGAUCCCAUCAAACUACCAGACAAUUUGGAAAGCUUGCCAAGAGCUGACAGUUUUCCGUCACAACGUCAUCGUUGGAAUACAAAUGAGGAAAUCGCUGCGAUUCUUAUCAGUUUUGAUAAACACAAUGAGUGGCAGUCGAAAGAAGUUAAAACAAGGCCGAAAAGUGGUUCCCUUUUGUUGUAUUCACGUAAAAAGGUGCGCUACCGACGUGAUGGCUACUGUUGGAAAAAACGUAAAGAUGGCAAAACUACAAGAGAAGAUCAUAUGAAACUUAAAGUACAAGGCACUGAGUGCAUCUAUGGUUGUUAUGUACAUUCUGCCAUAUUGCCCACAUUUCAUCGCAGAUGUUACUGGUUGUUACAGAAUCCCGAUAUCGUUUUGGUUCAUUAUUUAAAUGUUCCAUAUCCGGAUGAUAAUAAAAUGGCUGUUAUUGCACCCAGCAUCAGUUUGUGGGGUGAUAAAAAGGAGUGGACUAAAGAGGAACUCGUUAGUCAGCUAAAGCCCAUGCUAUCCACUGUAACAUCAGACGAUGAAUCCGACUCUGGCAAUGAUAUAGAAAUAUCGACUGCCGAAACCGUGGAAUCCAUAGUCUGCCAAUUAAUGGAAAAACAACGUCUAUCACGACAAGCAGCUCUAGUCAAACAAUUAGAUUGUGGCUGUGGUGAUGCCUCCUGUGCUGAUGGUAAAACCUGUACGCAUCCGGUAAUGCGACGGCCGAGUCUUAUAAAGGCAACAAAUGAAAAACGUUUGCCAGCCACAACUGCUGUGGAACCAUACAAUGCCAAUAAUACGCCAAAUGUUGUAGUAGGACCCAAGCUCUAUUCCAGAUGGGCGGAUAAAAGAACAAUACGAGAGGCCUCAAAUAGCAUGGAAACGAAUAGCUAUCAGCACCAUCAUGGUCAUGGACAUCAUGGGCAAACUCAACAGCUGACACAAGAGUCGGCCAUUAAAUUUCAAAUUAUACCGCCACACAACGAACAGCAGCAGCAGCAACAGCACUAUCGACAUCAUUAUAAUGCAAAUGGUAGUAAUUCAUCAGCAGCAGCAGUAGCAGCAAAUCAUCAACAAUUGAUAGCAUCGAGAAAUAAUUUAAUUAUGCAGCAUCAACAACAAAUGCAUACAAAUCAAUCAAAUUUCAAUCAAGUACACAACAACCAACAAAAUAACAAUAAUACUAAUAAUAAUAAUGCCAACCACAGUACUAAUAAUAACAACAACAGCAAUAGUAACAAUUUACUACGUUAUACUGCAAAUAAUACUAAUGCCACUAUGCAAUCACAGCAACAACAACAACAGCUGCAGCAACAUCGUUUCCAAAUAGCAAAAACAACAAUUACUGCAAUGGAUAAUAACACAAAUAAUCAACAGCAACACAACAGCAAUAACUUAACAUCCGUUUCCUCUGCUACUGGCAACAAUGGUGGUGCUGGUGGUGGUGGUUUAGUAGUGGGUGGUAGUGGUGAAAUUGCUGUCGAUAUGUUGAAUACCCAAACACAUUCUCAUCACACUCUGCAACAGCAUCCGAAUCAUGCGAUGAGUACAACGAAUUCUAAUACAAAUAAUAAAAUCAACCACAACACAAAUAUCAACAACAUCACCACAAACCAAAAUUCACAUUCAAAUCAAACAAUAACAACAACAUCGACAACACCAGUAGCUGUAGCAACAAAUUCUACUUCGUCUACUUCUUCAAAUUCUAAUAUUGCAACAACGACAACUACACCACAAUUGAUGUCAACACCUCAUCAUCAUCAGCAACAACAAAAUGAAUUAAAUGUCAUAAAUAAUAAUAACAUGAACGGCAGUAAUGGCAACCAUAACAAUACAAAUAAUAAUAAUACAACAGCAACAACAAAAUUUAAUAAUUACAAUCAACAGCAAUUAAAUACUUCCAACAACAGCAAUAACAAUAAUUCUUUACAUUCUCAUACUGCAAACACACAACAACAAAAACUUGCUACACCACAAGAACAAUAUUAUAAAUUGCAACAUCAUAAACAACAACAACAGCAGCAGCAAUCGUCAUCCCUUACAGCAUCUAAUACUGUAGUGGCUGCCACCUCAACUGUUGAACCCAUGUGUAUGUCACCAGAACAUCAACCCUCAUCCUCCUCCACCUCCAGUCUUUCACCACAAUCUCAACUCAAUCAACAGCAACAACAACAAACACAUUUAAUUAUUUCAUCUACGGACUCUGUAUCCGAAUCAUCAUCUUCGAUUUCAUCAUCAUCGCAAACAUUUAUGGACGUAAAUCAAAAAUCUACCACUGCUACGGUUGUCGGUAAUAAUAGCAACAAUAAUAAUAUUGAAAAUGCACAGAUGUCUUCUAAUAACAACGAUUUAAGCAUAAACACUUCCAACAUCAAUAAUAAUGAUAGUAACAACAGAAACAAUCAAUUAGAUGAGUACAACAAUUGUAACAUAAAUAAUAAAAAUACCACUGGUUGUGCAACAUCAUCAUCAGAUGCUUCCAAUUGCAAUAGUAAUAAUAAUAACAAUAACAACAACAACAAUUCUAUAACAAGUCCACAGCAACAACCCUUAAAUACAAAUGGACAGAACAACCACAACAACAAUAUAAACACAGAUAAUUUACAACAUAAUAACCAUGCAACCCCAACUACGACUUCCACAACUAUUUGUUUUGAUAAUUUAGAACAAACCCAUCAUGGAGGCAAUCAGGCGCAAGUACACACACACCAGCAGCAACAAGUAUCUGCGGAAUUACACGAUACAUUGGGUUUCUUCAAUGAAACCUUAGAUCUAUCACAUGAAGAUAUACAGAGAACUCUUAUUGCGAAUAUGCCAGUGGAGGGUACUCUAUUGACUUCACUCGAUUUUAUGAACUCGGGUGUCUCAACAGCUGUUAAUAAUACCACUAUUGUACAGAAUGUACAAUGUGAACCAGAUCCCGAGUUGUCCGGAGGAGCUGAGGCUGAUGAUGAGGAUACCGAUGAUGUGUUUGCCAAUUUGGAUGCAUUCGAUAUGUUGGUAGAAUUUCCCGAAUUGGAUUUGGAUGAUAAGCAAGCUCUUACAAACACUGCUCUCGAACAAGCUGUCUCGGGAGUGGCAACAAAUGAAGCUUUAAGUAUAAAUUCAUCAUGUCAAAAUUUACAUCAACUUUCCCAGUAUGACAAUGGUUCAACAACGUCUGCUUUGAGUUGUGACAAAAAGGUAUUGAAAAUAUGUGAUUUCAGUCCAGACUGGUCUUAUCCAGAGGGUGGUGUAAAAGUUUUAGUAGCCGGUCCUUGGUCUGUCGAUGCCCACUACACAGUAUUGUUUGAUUCACAUCCGGUACCCACAGUUCUGGUGCAAGAGGGUGUCUUGCGCUGCUAUUGCCCCUCCCAUGAAGUGGGUUAUGCCACUUUGCAGGUAUCAUGUGAUGGUUUUGUCAUAUCGGACUCUGUCAUGUUCGAAUAUAAAAUGAUGACUUGUCAGGAGGCACCCUUUGAUGCCAACACCAAUGAUUGUCUUUACAAGUUUUCUCUAUACAAUCGUCUUACUACCAUCGAGGAAACUAUGCAAACUAAAGGUGAAGCUGUAACCGUUACAGCCUCUCAGCAAAUAUUUUCGCUGCAGGGCAACCUCGAAGAGAAACUGGUGAGUUAUUGUCAUCAAUUGACGAAAAUGUCUUGGCAGAGCAGUGGCUCCAGUAGUAGCAACUGGAAUUCGGGCUACAAAGGCAUGACUCUUUUGCAUUUAGCUGCAGCAUUGGGUUACAAUAAACUAGUGUGUGCUCUUCUAAACUGGCGUAGCGAAAAUCCCCACAUUAUUUUGGAAACAGAAAUAGAUGCUUUCAGCCAGGACUCACAUGGCUAUACGCCAUUGACCUGGGCCUGUUCUCGCGGACAUUUGGAUACCGCCGUCUUGUUGUAUAAAUGGAAUCAAAAUGCUUUAAAGAUUAAAAAUCAUGCUCAACAAACUCCUUUAGAUGUGGCUGAUAAUAAGGGUCACAAAAAUAUUGUUGCGGAAAUUUAUCGUUUGGAACAUGAACGCCAGCGCAAACAAAAUAGAGGCUCUUUAACUAGUUUGUCCAUCAAUCUUAAUAAAUAUUCACUAAGCAACGAUGACGGCGAUGAUCAUCCAUCAUUUGCCAUAUACGAAUCUACAGAUUCACAACGCAGUCAUGAUGGUGUAUUUUUGAGGCCAGUUGCUGUAACAAGCAAUCAAAGUCCCCCAAAUAGCAGUCGUUUUUCAAAAAGGUCAUCCAUUGAUAGUGGUAUUAGCAUGGACAUUAGAACCAAACCCAUGAAAUCAUUUAAAGACAUAACACGAUUGCAUAGUCUUGAUGCACAUGACAAUUUUAACAGCUCCAUUGAGUCACCACUGGAUACAAUAGGUACCACAGCAAAUACCACGAAUUCUCUACUUUCACCUCUAAGAAAAAUGGAUUUUGCCUUGUGCGAAGUAUCAACUGGUGAUUCAAGUCCUUUGCCAGACAAAAAUAACGAUGAUGAUACAUCGACGAUUGAUAAUGACGAUUGUAAUGACGAUGUAACUAUACCAAAUAAGAAUAUUGAUGCUGUUGUAGGGGAUUCUGAUGCUAAAGUUUUAACAUUAGCUGAACAUAUCAUAGCUGCUAUGCCAGAACGUAUAAAGAAUGAGGCUGAUGAAAUGAUGGUCUUGGGUAGUCCCAUGACAGAACCCUUAAACACCGAAUCGACGGGUUUGAAUGAUAGUUUUAUGGAUCCCCUAUUGGAUUCAUUGCCCAAUGCUCAUUUCGAUAAUGAAUUUAAUUUUGAUUUCAAUGAUCACAAUUAUCGUUACCAUGAAGUCAGCACACCUUGCUCAAGUCUAAGUCCUGCCAGUUCGGGACCUUUACAAUCGCCCGCUAGUUAUUCUAUAUUGGGUCAUGAUCCUUCUGUCUCUUCACCCAGUCCUCCACCAUCGACCAAACAAUUGACAGAAUUUUUGCAUGCCUCUAGCAAUACCCAGUAUCCGUUUGAGGCUGAUUUUUCAAAGUUGACUUUGACAGACACCGAACAACGCGAACUAUAUGAGGCUGCUAAAUGCAUUCAAAAAGCCUAUCGUUCCUACAAGGGACGUCAAAAGCUCGAAGAGCAAAACAAAGAACGCACAGCUGCAAUUGUUAUACAAAACUACUACAGACGCUACAAACAAUUUGCCUACUAUCGUCAAAUGACCAAUGCCGCUUUAGUCAUACAACACGGUUAUCGUUCGUAUUGUCGCAAUAAACGUUUUAAGAAAUCUCAAACUUCCAAUCAUUUGACCGGCUCGGGUAGUUUGUCGGGUCUACAUAACACCGACAGUCAGGACAGCACGAAUUCACAGUGUUUGUCUAGCUUUUUCGAUAAUUUCAAUAAGCAGGACACUGAAAGUUCUCCGCAAUCGUGUACAACACCUAAAGAAACUAGUCCAUCGGGACCACUGAAACGUACUUAUUCACAAUCCACGCAAAAUCAAGCUGCCAGAAAGAUUCAACAGUUUAUGCGACAAUCCCGUAUUAAACUACAGAGAGAACGAGCCGAAAAAGAGAAGCUGGUGCACCAACGCAGGGAGGAAUACCUUCAAAACUUGCAGUAUCAAGGACAACCGGCAAUUGUUUGCCCAAUCGAAAAGAGUGAUACAACUCUUAAGGACUCUAACGAGCUUGUCAGCAAUGACAUUGUUACAAACAACAAUCAUGAUUUAAACUAAAAAAUAAAUCAAAUCAAAUAUAUAAAUAAAUAAAAAGAAAUUGUACAUUACAUUUACUAAAUUAUACAUACAACCAUACUUACAUACAAAUAUUUAUAUAUAGAGUAUAAAACCUUGAAUUUAUUCCUAGCCACAACACAUCCUCUUCCUAGUUUUUCUACUACUACUACUAUUAUUACUUCUAACUAUUACUACCAUGUAAAAUUUAGCUAAAUAAAUUUCAAAUUAUUUACUGAAAUUUUUAAAUUAAAUUAUUUCAAAAAAAAAAAGAAAACAAAAAAAGCUUUACUUCAAAGAAAUGAGUGAAACUAUUACUUACUUACUAUUAUUAUUAACUAAAUACUAUUGAAAAUAAUUAAAAAAGAAAAAAUACACAUUAUUACUAUGUAUUACUACAAUAUUAA